AUGUUUCAGCUCACCGAGUGGGUAUACAAGGUCAUCGUCGCUCACCAGAAAGAUUCGCUGUCAAAUCAAAAGAAAGUCUUGGCAACCUACACAAAGUGUCUCGGCUGGUAUCGUGACGUUUUCGAGCUUGUCGGCGAUGGCGGGAGCCGGAGCCCGUUCAUUCUAUUCAUCCAUAUGUACUACCACUUUUGUCUGCUUUGUGCGUUUCGACCGUUCAUUGGCUGCAAUUUUACAGAUACGGAGAGUCAGCCGCACGAAAUGUGUGGUCAAGCAGUUCAGUCCAUCCUGGCACUCGCGCAAUCCUACGACGAUCUCUUUACGCUCAGACGCGUGUCAGCCCUGAUCCCGUACUUCGUAUGUGCCUCUGGACUUUUCAGCCUAGCGAUCGAAGAUAGCGGAUCAAAAAUGGACUUUAUUCAUUUACGUCCUCAAGGAGCCGUCAUUUCCGAGAUACCUCCGCCGCUGCUUACGAACUUGGCUGAGCCUGCUUCCGAGACAUUACUAUCGCGAGUCCGAGUAUCAACUGUGGUCCAAGCCCGUCUCCUGUUGUCGAAAAUGGGAGAAAGUCACCCAGCGGCGGCUUUAGCAGCCGCGAAGCUUAGAGAAAGCUCGCAAAGCUGGCGGUCCCCAGAGGUCAACUUUUCCUAA